UUAGUUUUGUUUUAAAACAAGCUGUGUGACGUGAUUUAUUACAACUAUUUAUUGUCUUUGCAGGCAUGAGCAAGGAAUGCCUUGAUACGAUUUUUAAUGAAAUCUUAAAACAAAAAGCAAAACGAAUUCACUAUUGGAGGGGUAAAAAGAGAACGAAGUUGACGACCAGCCAUAGUAUGUAUAUCAAGAAGAAGUAUGAUAUGUGCAAACUCACAACCAGGGAACAGUUUCUGUUCACAUUAAUAAGGUUGAGAAGGAAUGUCAGUAUUGAAAUGUUAAGUGGUAUAUUUGGCAUUUCUAAUGGGACUGGUAGCCGGAUUUUUGUAACCUGGAUUCUCUUCAUGAGUAAGGAACUAAAAUGUUUUGUGCCCUUCUCAACGUUAAAUGAUUUGCAAGGGAUUGAAUUUCCAACGGCACUUCGAGGUAUAAAGAACCUCAGAGCUAUCAUUGAUUGCACUGAAUUCUAUGUAGAGAAACCUUCGAGACCACACUGCCAAAGAACCACCUACAGCCAGUACAAGUCCACCAAUACCUUCAAGUUGUUGAUCUCAAUGUCUCCUUUACCUCAUCUUAAUUUUGUUUCAAGACUCUUCACUGGCAGUAUUAGUGAUAAAGAAAUCGUAAAAGAAAGUGGUUUUUUGGAUCAUCUUGAAGCAGGUGAUGUGGUGAUGGCCGACAAAGGUUUUAAUAUUCAAGACCUGCUAGCACUCAAAGAAGCAAAGCUUUUGGCCCCACCUCUUUUAAGGAAAGGAAAUGUGUCUGCUGUAACAUCAACUCAAACUCGACGUGUGGCCACAAUAAGAGUACAUAUUGAAAGAAUGAUCAGAAAACUAAAAUGUUUUACUAUUCUGAAAGGUGCUUUCCCUUUAACAAUGAAGCCUCAUGUAAACUCAAUAAUUGCUGUUUGUGCUGCAUUAGUAAAUUUGCAGCCCAGUUGUAUAAACAAGGAGGAAGAAUACUGUAGACUUGAGCUGUAA